AUGGGUCACCUCUCUCGAUCCAACACCGUGGGCCACGGCUUCGGCAUCCUCGAAGACACCUCUGGUCCCGGCCAUUAUGCUUCUCUUGACGCAAACGGCCCUCACACUUUCAACCACGUUGCUGCUCUCGAAGAUUGUGACACUAACAGUCGCCAAAGAACGCCGGAAUUCAUCGACGCUUUAACCGACAAACUCAAGGAAUUACAUAUUUACAGUCCUAAAAAGAACCGUGCCAACAGAUCAUUGCUGCAACCUGCGCGACGUCGCUCGACUCGAUCAUCCAUUGACACCAAGAUCUUCCCAACCCUUCAACACAUCAGGGAGGAAGUCGAAAUCUGUGACGGAAACUCCAGUGUGACUAGCCCUACGCAAGGACCAGUCCUUGCCAACUUGCCUCAAGAGACCAAACAAGACGAGGGUAUCCCAUCAUCAACUGAAACACGUGCUGCCGUACCUACUUCCCCUCGCCAGACGUCGGAUUCAUUUGAAGCCAACGGAUCCAACUUCUGUUCUGAAGUCCUGCGAGCAAUUGGUCUCGAACAGCAACAUCUUAACACUGAUAUUAACAUACAGAAGUCCAUCGCACGGCACAGGUCAGGUCAGUAUGACUAUGUACUUUCAAUUCCGAACCCAGACGGCCCGGCCAGGCGCAAUAAUGCGACCAGUAGACGAGGAGACGUCACGCUCGACUACGGCUGCAACGUCUUAGUCCACACCGACCGCAAUGAGGAAAGUCUCUGCAGUCAGCGCAAACCGGCUAAUGCUUUCAAACUUCUAGCAACACCUCUGAUAUUUGACGAAUCAUCUCGAAGUGCGUCAUAUUCAUCUUCGGAAAACGACGACAACAUGGCUGUUGCCGAACCGCUUGUUCGGCUUGCGUCACCAGCGCCUGCUGGACACGAAAGCCCCAUGACGAAGUCUGCCAUCAAUGUAUCCGUCGUUGAGCAGACUCACUCCAAAGAGUCAUCUUUGGACUACGUGGACCACCCCAAGGACAGAGUAGUUUCCUUUUCGUCUACGGACGAGAGCAUGGCCCCAACGGAGGACGUUCCCCGCACACCAUCUAGGUCGACCUCGACCAGCUCGCGAUCUCGAAUUGAGGACUCCGUGGAAGCAAUCGAUAAACUCGAGGAGGAAUUGGAGGCCAUUAACACACGCUUGACGACACCAAGCAAGUCGCGACGGAUCCAAUCUCUGGCGGAUGAGACUACUACGACAGCUCCCACAAAGGAAUCAGUCCUCAAGCGGACCGCCUCCACUUUGAACCGCACUCAAUCUGUUGGUGCCGCAGCCAAAAGAUCAUCACAGGCACGCGCAAACCAGAGAAAGUCUGUCAACUUUGACAGCGACAUUCAAAAGGGAUCCCCUGGGAAAGCACCUACUACAAGGCCUCCUGUGGCACGUCCAACCAGCCUUCUACCGCCCAAACCGCCUGCUAAAUCCACAAGGGCUCUUACCAAGCCCUCUUUUGAGCUACCAGGUGAGGCCACCGCUCGCGAUAUCAAGGCGAGGCGCGAUGCUCGCCUAGCUCAACAGGCCCAGGAGAAGGCCGCUGCGGCUGCGGCAGUCCCUCAGCGAACUAGAUCUCUCAAGGCCCCGACUAGGCCUAACUUUGAGCUGCCCGGCGAGGCAAUCUCCAGGCGCAAGAGGGAGGAGCGAGAAGCUCGUCUCAAACAGCAAGAAGAGGAUGAGCGAAGGCGUCGCGAGUUCAAGGCGAGUCCUAUCAAGGCAAGGCUGGGAACGGCUGCGCAACCUCGAGAGACCGUGGCUAGUCGAGCUCGCCAGAACAAGGGGUCCGAGGCCACCGACAUGGACAGUCCGUCGAAGCGCUCAUCGAUUAUGGGCACUCCUCGUACGCUUGCGAGAACGACUUCAACGAGGUCGCCACAGACUCGCGGCAGAGGUACCUCACAAUCAGGUACAGAGACCCAGCUUAGCCGUGCUACGUCUACAUCUACGGGUAGUAUUAGCGGCAAGCGAAGCGCGCUGUCUGUCGAGGAAAUUGAGCAGCAAAAGGUCAAGGGUCGCGAGGUCUUCCACCGCGAUAACUCCUACACCCAAGACAAGGAGCGAGAGCGCCGCGAACGUGAGUGGAACGCUAAGAUGGCCCGCGAGCAAGCUGCGGAACGCUCUAGGCAAGCGAGCCGAGAGUGGCGCGAAAAGCAACAACGCAGCAAGCUCGCUAUUCUGGCUGCGGCGGCAAUUCAGACAGCAUGA